CUGACGCGGACGAGGACUUCUCUAUCUUCGCAAACAUUCCCUUACCCCUCGAAUCUGAUCCUGAUCAUCGCUGGCCCAAAGCAAUUACUCAACGGGGCCAAUUCUCCUUCAAUCUUUCAAUUGACUGCUCUAAAUUUCGUGUGCCGCUUUCUGCACAAGAAACCAUGGCUAGCCUAAAUCCCUCUCCAGCUUCCUGGUGGAAACCCGCCGCCCUACCCCUCUUCACGGGCCUCCUCGCCCUCCUCGGCGCCGCAGACGGAUGCCUCAACCUCGCCAAGCCCGAAGGCGGGGCGGCGACUUUCGGCCUCGUGCCCCCGCCGCGGGACACCGUGACCCCGGCACAGUUCGACGCCUUCCACCACGCCCUCGUCAAGGUCAAGGGCGCCCGCAACCUGCACAUGUCGUCGUGCAUCCUGGCCUUGGUGCUCUACGGCCAGUUUUCCGACGUCUGCCGCGCGUCACCGCUGGCGGCCACAGCGGUGCGGCGGUGCUUGGGGAUCGUGCUGAUGCUGGGCUCCGGCGUGGGCUUCAGCGGCGCGGCGGUCGUGUCUGAGUACAUGGGGAGUUCUGAUGCCUCAAGCGAGGCAGUCGCGGUUGGUAGAGCCAAGGUGAAGGGCCAUUUGAUUGCCAACGUGCCCAUCUUGGCUUUGGGGUUGAUGUACUUGUUCUACUAAUUGACUGCUUGGGCUGAUAUUUGCGAACAUUAUCUGUGAUGAAAUGUGCAUUAAUUACGACGCUUUACCACCCGAUACUUUUUUUCAUCACUGUUAGAUUAUGAGUAAUAGCUUUGGCACGGCGU